AUGACCUGGGCUGAAUCGCCUGAAGAUGGCGGGAAUGGGCCAUUCCCCAACGAUCGCAUCUUCCCCCGCUAUUGGUUACAGCAGCAGCUCACACUCUCGCUCUUCAUCGGCAUCGGAUCGUUCCUGCUCUUCUCCCUCAUCAGACGCAAGUACUCCAGCGUCUUUGCACCCCGCACCAAGUUGAAGGGCUUCACGCCGCACGCCCAAGGCAUCGACGAUGGCGUGUUCAGCUGGAUUCGGCCAACCAUUGCGACGCCAGAAUCGAGCAUUCUGCACAUCGUUGGACUAGACGCUGCUGUAUUGCUCUCCUUUUUCAAAAUGGGCUUUUGGAUCUUUGCUUUCCUGAGCAUUUGGACUUGCGGCGUGCUUAUGCCCGUGCACUGGCACUACAACGGUACCAUCGAUGGCGUGCCGCCAUCCGAGGAUGACAGACGGCGCGAUCCACCAAACGACGGAGGACGCAAGCUCACCUUCGCACGAGUGGGUGACGACAAGAUGCCACUGCCAGGCCCGGGACAGCCGGCUUUCCCUUGGUCACCUCCGGAUGUGUCGGCGCUGCACUUGACCCACCUUCUCACCCUUUACCUCACCACCGCACUCGUCUUGCGAGCCCUUUGGAAAGGCGGACUCAAGUUCGUACGUAAUCGCCAGCUGUACGCGCUUGAUCUGCUCCCUUCGAUUCCUGCACGCACGAUCGAGAUGCGAUACUUGCCGCAGCACCUGCGAGACGAGCGCAAGCUGGCGGAGUACUGGGAGAACUGCGGUCUGCAAGUCGAGAGCACGGCUGUAGGCAGGCAGGUUGGUGGGCUGAGCGGAAUGCUUGCCAGAAGAGCCAACAAACUGUACGAGCUGGAAGGAGCUUGGGUCAAAUGGCUUGGCAAUCCAACCCGCGCUGAAGGCUACGAUCCAGACAAGAUCGCUCAAGCAUUGCAAUCCAGGGCGGAGCAGUUUGCAGCGGUGCAGAGCGCGACGUCCGCCAAUGGUCGCAACCCUACCAGUGCCGCUGACAUCGAUACGGAAAGGGCGCCACUCUUGAGCAGCACUCAGCAGCAGCAGACUUUGGACAUGCCCGAUGCUCUGGCCAGCAUCAAGCAUCCCGCUGGCCGGGCACGACCCACCAAAAGACUUGGGUGGCUCGGAAUGGGUCGCAAAGUGGACCUCUUGGACCAUCUUGCGUGUGAAUUCUUCGCGCUCGACUCUGCCGUCAGAAGCAUGCGAGAACAGGACAGGCCAAGCGCUAAUACCGGCUAUGUCACCUUUGUAGACGCCGCGAGCGCAGUGAGCAUGCGGUUCGACGGACGAGAUGUCGAGUCCACGUCUCUAUGACGACUUUGCAGAUAUGCUGACGCUCUUUUGCCUUUGCUUUCCUGCCGCAGCAAAUCGCCGCACAAACAGUACACUAUCCUCUACCCUUCUAUUGCAAAUCCAGUCUCGCCGUCGAGCCUAGGGACCUCAUCUGGUCCAACGUCUCCUUGGCGCCUCUCGAACGCCGCCUGCGCCAAUUGCUUGUCUCGGCCUUCACCUUCACGCUCUUCAUCUUCUACAUUCCACCUUUGGCAUUCUUGGCAUCUUUGCUCAGCCCUGCGGCUAUCGAGAAGUACUUGCCUUGGCUCUGGAGAAUCCUCGAACGCAGCGAUCGUCUCAAAGCCCUCGUCUCCACCUCUCUACCCUCGUUGGUCUUGAUCUCUUUCAACGCCCUACUGCCUAUGGUGUUGGAAUGGACUGCCUACCUUCAGGGUCUACGCGCAAAGAGCCUGGUCGAGCUCAGCGUUCUCAAGCGGUAUCGUAAGUCAAGCAUCUCGUCUUCUCUCACAUAAUCCUCCAUCCGCGCUGAACGAUGCUACUACCCUCGCAAUCUAGAUCUCUUUCUGGUAAUUUCCGUCAUCUUCAUCUUCUUGGUCACCACCACGCUCUGGAGUGUACUGCAAGACCUGGCUACGAGUCCAGCCAAGGUGUUGGACAAGUUAGCGCAAUCUCUACCUGGCGCACGCUUCUUCAGCUUGUCAUACGUCGUCCUGCAGUCCCUCGCAGUCAUGCCAUUGCAGUUGCUGCAACUGCCGUUGGUCCUGUCCAGGGCUUGGGGUCGACUUUUCGCUCGCACGCCGCGCGAACACGCUGAGCUGAAUGCACCUCCGCAGCUAUACGCUGGCAGCGUGUAUCCUGCUGCAAUCAUUGUCUUCGUGAGUAUCAAGAUGCUUAGUCAAGAGACUUGCACCCUUCCCGCGCUCAUGCGUCUGGGACCCGCACUAGACGCUUGGCGUCGUCUACAGCAUCGUCUCGCCUUUGGUCACCGUUUUUGGUGCGAUCUACUUCGGGAUCGGAUACGUGGUCUUCAAGUACAAGCUGCUCUUCGUCUUUUACAAGGCAUACGAGAGCAAGGGACAAGCUUGGCUCUUGACAUCCACUCGAUGCGUGUGGGCCCUAUUGCUUUAUCAGGUCUUUCAGAUUGGCUUGUUCUCCUUCAGGAAGCAAGUCUUCCUCUCCCUCUUGUGCUUGCCACUGUUUGUUGUGACUGCGUGGUACGGCAGACACCUCAACAAGACGCUCCAGCCGCUCAGCGAAUAUGUGAGCCUCUCCAGCAUCACGGCUGUCACUCGUCAAGAGGCGGCCGUCGCAGCCGCAGCGUCGCAAGGGAGAUCAUUGUCCAGCAUCACGCCGCGCCAUGAAGACGUUAACCCGCUACUGGCGCUGCGUCUUGGGACCACGCCGGACGCUGAACACACUGCUUUGGCUCGCAAGCGGUACAGCGCAAAGGAUGAAACCCUAUUUGUUGCCCAACGCGAUGCGCACACUGAUUACAGAGAGCCUCCAGCAACCGGGUACUACAAUGGUACUCUCGACACCGGUCGAAGGAGAUACGGUCAUCCCGCGCUCACAGGUCAGCUGCCAGAGCCAUGGCUACCAAUACCCUCGGAAGACUUUGCGAACAAGGCACAAGCGACGCUCGACGACCAAGCAGGCGCGGAGGAAGCAGCUGUUGGCGGAGACACCAGUCAAGGAAGCGCAGUCGAAAGAACGCGCAAGAGCAGCACUUCCUCUGACGUGGUGGUGCUCUCCCUCCGCCGACGCAAGUCUUCCCUCUUGAGAAGGUCUGGCGUCUCAUCGCUUCUCAGGUCCGGAAGCGUUCUCUCAAGCAUGUCACGUUCCAACGCGCCUCAGCGGUCAAGCAGUCUCGGUCCGGCAAAGAAGAGCGUUGGCUCGCAAUCGGCUGACGAAUCUGCAGGCGUGUGGGGAGGUGUUCAGCAAGGACCUAGAGGGUCCAGCGCAGGCGCAGCGCUCGGAGAAGCUCUGGGCGGGCCAGAGACUACCGCGCCGUCCCGACGCAAGGCGCAGAAACGUGGCACUACAGCCGACUCCUCCCUGCUGGACCACAGCGUGAGAGAAGAGGAAGAUGAAGAUGGCCCGCGAUCGCGGUCGACACCUCGAGGCGCUCCAAUAAGAGUUCUCGAUGGGGAAGCUGAAGCGUUGGAACCUGAUCAGGACGAAGAUGAUGUCGAAGAUGAAGAGGACGAAGCCGCGGAAGGCGUCUAUUACCACAGACGUCCGCGAGACUUGCCAGGAAGCUUUCCAGGCUUUUUGGAGGACGAGUAG